AUGGCUGACGAGGACGCCAAACGCAGGUUGGAGCUCGUCUCAUCUCAUAUCAAAUCAGAUACACCAACCACCAAAAAGGACAGAAAACCGAAGACACGAAAAACUGAGCUACCAGCUGACUGGUCAGAUGUACUGGCCGAAGUCAACCAUGUUCGAAAGCUCGCUCAGACACCCAAGACAGAAACGACCGGCUACCAACGACACAAACAAGCCGGUAAACUGUGGGUGAGAGAACGAAUCGAUUUGCUCUUGGAUCCCGGAUCGUUUAGAGAAGUCGGAAGCGCAGCAGGGACAGCGACCUGGGUCAAGCCAGAUGGCCCAAAGAAUUCUUUGAUCGAGGACGAGAAGGAGACUGUCGCUGAGUUUACGCCGAGUAACAACGUCCAAGGGUUCGGCAAGAUACGGAAUCGGACGGUCCUUCUCACUGCAGAUGACUUUACCCUCAGGGCUGGACAUGCGGACGGUGCGCUCAUGGCAAAGACCCUGUACAUGGAGAAGCUGUGUGUCCAUCUCAAGCUCCCGAUGAUCAAGGUCGUCGAUGGAGCGUCUGGUGGUGGAUCCAUCACUACGUACCGGACACAGGGCGGAAGUUACCUGCCAGAUCUGGAGCUGUUGAAUUGGGUGGCUGUCGGAUUAGGUGCGGCACGAGCAGCAGUCUCGCACUUCAGCGUGAUCGCGGCAGACAUCGGGACACUAUUCAACGCUGGCCCGAAAAUCGUUGAGGGCGCAACUUUCGAAGAAGAUCUCAGCUUUGAUGCGUUAGGUGGUCCACGAAUCCACUGCGCAAACGGUGUCAUUGACAAUGUUGCGCCGAACGAAAAAGGCUGCUUCGACCAGAUUGCCGACUUUCUUUCCUACGUAGGCAAUCAUGGUGGUCUGCUUCCUCCAGUAUCACCAUCCCAAGACGGUCCAGACCGGAAAUGUCCUGAGCUGCGAACAGCGAUCCCUCGAAGAAGACAACGGAUGUACGAGGUGCGGCCGAUCAUCCGGUCGCUGGUAGACAAGGACUCCUUCUUCGAGAUUGGGCCGUAUUGGGGCAACACCGUAGUGGUUGGCUUCGCACGCUUCAACGGGCGCCCAGUUGGUCUCUUCGCGAAUGAUGCAAUGAAAGGCGCUGGCGCCCUCGAUACGGCCGGGUCCCAGAAGUACGCAAAGCACAUUCGGCUCUGCGAUGUGAUGGGUCUCCCGUUGAUCCAACUGGUGGACAUUCCUGGCUUUGCGAUUGGUACUGUGGCAGAGCGAAGUGGUGUAAUGAAGUGGGGUCUCGAGAUGUAUAAGACGCUGUGGUCAACAACUGUACCGGUAUUUACGGUGGUGUUGAGGCGGUGUUAUGGCAUUGGAGGUUCGAUUCUGAUCGGCAGUCGAGAGAUGAGUCCACGAGUAGCUUGGCCAUCCGGAGAAUGGGGAAGCAUUCCUCUGGAAGGCGGCAUUGAAGUUAACCAUCGCGCCGACUUGAAGAAAGCGGGCGACAAGCGCGAUGAGGUCUAUGCCCAACUCGAGGCUGAGUAUCUGAACCUACAGAACCCAGUACGGACAGCGAAUAAGUUCGGGGUCGAAGAAAUCAUUGAUCCUGCUGAUACGCGAUCGCUGUUGUGCUCGUGGACCAAGCAUAUGUGA